AGCUGAUUAUUGACACAAAUCAAAGUGCGGCACCGGGAACGAUUCAAGCACCGCAUAUCUCGCGGUACUCACCGAGCCGUCGUGUCUCGCAGUGGUCGAAGGCCAGUCCGAGCUGCAGCGCAGCCGAGCGUCGCCGCGCCGGGCCCCCGCUGCGCUCUUGGCAGCGUUUGACCCAGGAGGCUCGUACGCAGCGUUUUGACCGCGCCGCCGGCCGUCGAGCCGCAGGACUGCUCCCCGCAGCCACCGAGUGAACACAAGAAAAGAUGAGCGACUCCGACGACGACGUCGUCUUCAUUCCGAACCCGACGGGCAAGGCGCAGCUCCCGCACGCGCGCUGCGCCUGCGAGACGCAUAUUUUUGUCGCGCCGCCGGGUGGACAGCUGAGACAUCAGGGCACAGCGAAGAACAAGGAGAAGUGCGCCACCUGCUUCUGCUACGUCUGCGACAAGCCGGCGAAAGAGUGUACGAGCUGGGCCGUUCACUGCGACGCCACGGACAAGGGCCCAAACGCCGCCUACUGGAAGAUCCGGCGCAACGAGGUGAAGCGGGGCGGCGCGCCGGCGCCGCCGAAACAACAAACGCUCGCGCCGCCGAGGCCGCCCUCGUCGUCGUCCUACCAGCCGGACUUCAUCCCCGCGAAGCGCUACACGGGCAUGCGGCCGGGCUACCAGUUCAAGAACUCUUACCGGGGCAUGGGCUACUACAAGUCCGCCAGCGCGCCCGCCGCGCGGCCCGCGGCGACGCCGUCGCUCUCUGCCGAGAGGAAGGCCAUGCGCGACGGCCUCGCGGCCUUCGCCGCCGACAACAGCGCGAGGGAGCUCUACGCCGUGACCCGCGACGCGUCUUACCCGUCGAGCGCGAUUGGCAACGCCCGCUACCUGACCAACGGCGCCUCCGACAGCGCGCUCGACGAGCUGCUCUCCGAGGCCCGCAAGAACGCGACCCUCAAGGCCGCGCGCGUGUCACGCGCCGGCGGGACGCUCACCAGCCACGGUGUAAUUGUGUGGAAGCCGGCAUCGACGGCGUCGGGGCGCAGGGUCUACAAGCUCGGCAAGCCGUAUAGCCAGUGGGCCAUCCAGGACUUUACCCUGUAUUCCGACAAGGGGCCGAAGCUGCCCGUGCCGCCGACGUCGACGGGGCGCCGGGGCAAGGCCUGGCCCACGAAGGCCCCGCCGGCCCACGUCACGUAUCGCUCGACGUACUGCGAGUGCUGCGGCUUUAGUUACCAGGGCCCGCAGUGGGAAUGGGACCGCACGAGCCACGCCAAGGUCUUCGCGUGCGACGUCUGCGGGAGCGCGAUGCGCGGGCCCGUGGUCGAGAGCUACGCGGGCAAGGUCGUCGAGGGUCCUGCGGCGGGCAAGGCCGUCCUCGAGCGCGCGGCCCAAAGUUGCGAGCUGACGCGCUCCUCCCACAAGUCGGACGCCAUGUAUGUGGUCGCCGAGGCCGAGGGCGAGUACGAGGUCCAAGGUCUCGGCCGAGGCACGACGGCCGCGGUUCGCGAGAACCGCACCGCGAACUUCGACGCCGCGACGCUCGACCGCUUUAAGGCUAGGAGCGAGCGGAUCAUCUACGAGCAGUGUCUCGGCGACGCAGUCGCCGAGAGCAAUCGCGGCGUCACGCUCCAGCAGGCCGGCAACCACCACUCGCAGACGCCGUACUUCUCGAAACCUCCUGAGGUCAACGGCGAAAAGGCAAAGAUCGUAAAACUACUGGAACACGCGCGCUUCAAGCGGAGCGACGUGGGCAUCUGCCUGCUCGAGACGGCGUUCGUGCCCUCUUCAGGUACUGAAAAGGCGAAAGUCCGAGUCAGCGCCAAGCUCGCCCUCACCUCUGUCAUUUUCCGCCCCAUGGAGCAGCGCAGUGGCGGAAGGUACAGAGGUGGCCACUACGAGGACGUGCACGGGCGGCAGAACCUCGCCCGGCAUCUGCUGGAUAGGUGCGGCUUGGAGAGUGACCCGUACGAGGAGGCGAAUUCUAGACGUAGACGAAGCGCACCGCCGGACGCCGCUUUGACAGCGCGGCAGAAGGCCAUCUCGAAGCGCCACUUGAAGGCACCGGGUGCUCGCACCGGAAGUGCCAUGCUCGCGUCGAGCGCCGGCGCUAAUUCAGGUGGCUGGGCCGACACCGACACGUCGCUGCAGGCCAUGCUCGAAGGCGUCUGGAACGAAGCUAGACGCUUAAACUCUGGAGGAAGAGCGUCUGGGUUGCAAGGCGCGAUCACUCAUUUAGAAAACGUGUGCCACGCCGAGGUCACGCAAAAAAUACCCCAGCUCGAAGUCACGUUGAGGGAUUACCAGCGCCAGAGCGUCCAGUUCUGCCUGGACCAGGAAGCGCUGGAAGGUGGCAUCGAGUCGCAUUUGUUCGCGGAAGUACCUGGGACGUACGGACCCCCUGAUACAUUAACAAGAAAGAAGUUGUGGUACUCUCCAUUUUUACAGACCUUUUCCGAAAAAGCCCCGGACGGGCCGAAAGGUGGCAUCCUCGCCGAGGAGAUGGGUCUGGGCAAAACAAUUAUUUCUCUGGCUUUGGUGCUGCUGAAUCCCGCAUUGCCUACCUCAACGUGGGGCCCGCCGGCGGGCUCCCUGCCGGGCCAGGGCGCGAUCAAGACGCGAGCGACCUUGGUCGUGUGCCCCGUGUCUCUCGUGAGCCAGUGGUGCUGACUCCGCGUCUGUUCCGAACUUUUCCGCAUUUCAAGUCGCAUCGACGGCGUCGACGUGAUGCCGCACCGCCUCGACGCCCUCGACGCGGCCGCAUGAGAGUCUGCGCGCCUCGUGAAUGUACAGAGGCAGUUUCGCGACGGUGUCCGUUGCGCACAGGUACGACGAGGCCAUGGACAAGACGCGACCGGGUACCUUAAAGGUCUACCAGUACUACGGCGGCAAGCGCACGACCGACCCGUCCAUACUGAAGGAUAAUGAUAUUGUCAUCACGACCUACCAAGUUUUAGUGAGUGACAUGAACGCGCGGAGCGGCUUCGCGAAGGCGGAGAUCGCGAGGAAGGGUCGCGCGAACUACGUGCCGCCUCUGGCCAAGCUAGGCUUCUGGCGCAUUAUACUAGACGAGUCGCACGUCAUCAAGGAGGAGAAUACGGCCAUGGCGAAGGCCGUGCGGAUGCUGUCGGCGCACCGAAGGUGGUGCGUCUCGGGGACACCAGCACCAUUGUCCUUGGAGAAUCUCCAGUCGCAGUUCAAGUUCCUCGGGUGUGAUUCUGUUGCCAGCGAUAUGUCUCGGUUCAAACAUUUUUUGAGUCAGAGAGCUCAAAGUUUCGCGUUUCUUCGUCGAGUUCAAAUCAGACAUAGUAAGGAGCAGCGACUCAUUAGAGCGGACCUCGAGGGCGGCACGCCGUCGUCCAAGCAGGACGAUAUCGACGCGUGGACGCCAGCAAUGCCAGAUCCUAUAGAAACUACUGAUGGUUCGUCGUUGGAAGGGGCCCACGUGUUGGUGGGCCACGUCGAUGGCGACGUCUGCCAGGACCCCCAGGCGGCGCCGACGUCGUUUAGACGGUUACGACUAGCGAAAGAUCAUGAUAGGAAGGCGGGCGUCGUUUAUGUGAAGGAAGCGCAACGCUUCGGGACGUCGCGGGAGGUGCCGGCGUCGGCCAUGCACGUCGAGCCCGACGCGUCGUAUGAUGAUUUGGGGGAGCGGCCUGCUGUCGGUGAUUCGGUCCUGCGGUUCGUCGAAGGUGCUGAAAGGUACGAGCUAUGCAGGGUGACCGCGGUGCACCCGGACCAGAAGGACCCGCUGGGGGUCGAAGAUCCUAGCGACGUCACCAUGAAGUUGGUCGACAGCGGCUACCGCUCGGGACAAACCCGCAAAGCUCGGUUCAAGGACUUGUCACCAAGACCUUCAUUCGCGCGGUUAUCCGAGAAAUCUCAAGCAGUAGUAGGUGCGAGAUGCCUCGCACGGUAUCAUAGGGACUGCGGCGCCUUCCGGAGCGGUGUUGUGAGAGAGAUCGACGGCGAUUCUAUCAGAGUGGCCUUCGACGGCGCGACUACUCUCAGAUCCGUACCGGCCGAUUUAGUGGAGGCACCUGUCAGGACGGGCUGUCUAUGGACCGAGGGCGAUCGAGUCUUAGCCCUGGUUCCCAUCAACGACGACGAAGAAGAAGGCAGUGAAGACGCCCCGUGGUUUGUGGUCUGGGAUGCGUUGGAUCGGCAGGACUGGCGUAGAAAACGCAUUGCGAAGGAUUCGAAGCAUUUCCAUGCCUACGCGCGGCCUGUCACCGAUGGUUCAUACUCAAGAGAUACGCAUCCUACGUAUGGUAAUAGUAUGUACGGUACGAAGUGGGUAGGUACGGAGGACGACGUGAGAAAAUAUCUCUCGGAAAAUGAUCCCAAGUUACUCAAACGUAAUUCGUUGCUGAGGUGGGUGCCCGGCAAGGUCACGUCCUUCUCACCGGCGUACAAGACGUGGUCCGUGGAGUUGUUGGGUAGGGAUUGUACCUGUAGAGGUGUUUCUGCCGAUAGGAUUGUAGCUUUAUCAUCGGACAAGUCGCCGACGUUCUUCGCGUCGACUGGGUCGAGAUUGUUGGAACUGCCGCCGAAGACCGAGAGACGUCUAGAGGUCGUCCCGAAUGAGGAGGAAAAAGCGGCCUAUACACGUCUAGAAGCCAUCGCGCGACGACGCGCGGCGGAACUACUAAGAGGCCCGAAGCCCACGUCGAAGAUGCUCUCCCUACACGCUUUGAUGUUACCACUGAGACAAGCUUGUUCCGGCGGCGCGAUCCAGACCGACAUCGCGCAAGCGGGCAAGGAAGAAGAGUCGGAGGACGUCAAACCGUCGGUAGAUACGCGCUUAGGGGCUUCAUUACUGACCUCGAAACUAACAGCUCUGGUCGAGGAGCUCAAGAAGAUCUCGCAGAAGGAUGAGGAAGAGGAAGCUAUCGUACCUACUAAAGUACUGGUCUUCUCGCAGUUCGCCGAUACUUUAGCGUGGCUACGAGCCGAGUUGCCGAAGCACGGCAUGGCCUCGCGGACCAUUACUGGGGAUAUGUCUCAGACGGCAAGGGCGAGAGCUCUGCGCGACUUCCGGAACGAUCCUCCGACAACCAUCUUCUUACUGUCGUUACGAGCUGGUGCUGUUGGAUUGAACUUAACGACAGCUUCCGAGGUCUUCGUGCUGGAACCUUGUCUCAACCCGGCGCUGCACGUGCAAGCGAUCGGCCGCGUGCAUCGCAUGGGGCAGACGCGCCCCGUGCGCGUCACGAACUUCAUCCUCAAGGACUCCAUCGAAGCUCGCGUGAUGACCAUGCUCUACUCGUCGGGUGGUGCGCCGAAGCCCGGUGCCGAUCAAGCCACUGCGAUCGAUAUUGAUGACGACGGUCCUGCGGUCGUGGCCGGCACCAUCCAACGGGACACGCCUCGACUAUCUUUAUCCGAUUUCAAUACCUUAUUUGAUUUGUCCGAUGCCAAGACGACGGCGGAUUUAAUACAGGACGUCACGACAACUCGAGCAGCCCAUGUCAAGGUCAAGACCGCGGAGGAUUUGAAAAGGGGCGGGCCACCUGUAUUAAGGCCACCGGCGGCGCCCAAAUUACCUCCGGCCUCGAGGAAGAAGAAGGCUCCAGCCAAAGCUACUGACGAGGACGAGUGGGAUGAGGAGGACGCCGUUGAUGUCGACGCGCCGCCCCCGAAGCGCCGGGCGGGCCUGCGGGCGUCGGCGCGGACGCGCAAGGCCGUCGUCGACCUCCCGUCCGAUCCUGAAGACGAUCCGGACGAGUCUGACUCUGACUCGGACCCUUCCGAGGUUGCGAAGUUAAGGGCGGAGGUCGCGCGGCUCGAGGCCAUAAACAAGAAGCUGAACGCCAAGGCGCCGGCGCCGAUGGAUGUGGGCCAGGCGGCCCCGGCGCCCGGCCAGGCGAUGGAUUUCUCGUUCCUCAAUCUCCCCGCGGCCCCAGCGCCCGCGCCCGCGCCCGCCGCGCCGAUGAUCGUACGCAUCAAGCGACCGCCGCCGCGCAAGCCGGCCGCCAAGCCGGCCGCGGCGCCGGCGACGCGCAAGCCGGCCAAGCCCGCCGCGGCGCCGGCGACGCAGAAGAAGCGCAAGGGCCGCGCGGCGUCGCCCGCCAACGGCACGCCGGCCGCGCCGCCGGCGAAGCGGGCGCACGUCGCCGCGACCGAGGAGAAGGCGGCGUUCGGGGCCUUGGUCGGUCGCAAGGUGAACAAGAAGUUUCCCGGUUCUGGGUACUACGACGGCGUCGUCGACAGCAUAGAUGCGUCGAAGCCCGCGACGUACGUCAUCGUCUGGGAGGACGGCAUGACGACGAAGAUGAAGGACACGGCCGUCCAGAAGAUCCUCAAAUAAGCGCGUGGGAAUCGCACAUAAGCAAGUUCGUGUA